UAUCCAAUCCAGUUCUGUUUAUCAAUUUGCAACUCUCCCAUCCAACGUAUCAGAAAGAAAUUAUCUCCCUAACAAAUGAGUCAGUCGCUUCCUUUUUUAUAAUCUGCGGUUACGGGGAUUUAACCAGCAUUACUAAUACAAACAAAUUGACUGAAUUAAGCACGCGCCUGGCAAAUAUUUGCCAAUGGGUUUUUUAUAUAUUGCGUUAUUGUUGUGCAGUCCUGAUUAGAUGGAGGUUGGACGAGCCGUUGCUGCAUCCAGGCACGCCGAUGCCAGAGGUGAUCGAGGUGUGGAAUCGGUGGAAUCCACCACCUCGGACAACACUUACCCUUCAAACGAAUCGGUACAGGAUGAGACGACCAAUCAAACUUACUUCGCUGACGAACGGAUUUUAAUACCGGAAGAUGAUCAGACGAAGUUCAGUUUUAAAAAAUUAUGGGCAUUCACCGGUCCGGGCUUUCUGAUGUCCAUAGCGUUUUUAGAUCCCGGUAAUGUUGAAAGUGAUUUAGAAUGUGGCUCAAUUGUGGGGUACAAAUUAUUAUGGGUGCUGCUUUGGUCGACGAUUUUAGGGUUGCUCAUUCAGCGUUUGUCUGCGAGAUUAGGUGUGGUGACUGGUUUGCAUUUGGCUGAAAUGUGUUAUAGAAAGUACCAGAAGUUUCCAAGAAUAAUUAUAUGGUUGAUGAUUGAAAUUGCUAUUAUAGGUUCAGAUAUGCAGGAGGUAAUCGGUACUGCCGUUGCCAUUUACCUUCUGUCCAACACCAAGGUGCCAAUUUGGGGUGGUGUCCUGAUAACAAUCAUCGACACUUUCACAUUCCUGUUUCUAGAAAAGUACAGUCUAAGGAAGCUGGAACUGUUCUUUGGUUUUCUAAUAACAGUUAUGGCAGUAUCCUUCGGUUACGAGUACGUAGCUUCAAAACCUGACGAAUUGGCUAUUUUAAAGGGAGUCGCAAUACCCUGGUGUUCAAACUGCGACAGCAGAGCUUUGUUGCAAGCUGUCGGGAUUAUAGGUGCCAUAAUAAUGCCCCACAAUUUAUUCCUGCACUCCGCUUUGGUCAAGUCCAGGGAAAUCGACCGGACUAAGCCAAAGAAAGUUAGCGAGGCAAAUUUUUACUUUUUCAUCGAAGCUGCAAUCGCCUUAUUCGUUAGUUUCAUUAUAAACUUGUUUGUUAUAGCCGUUUUCGCGAAGGGGUUGUACCAAAAGACCAACAGGGAAGUUCACAAAACUUGCCUGAAGUACCCGAGCAUAAACGCCUCGAUUUUCCCCGAGAACGACGAAUACGUCGAGGCGGAUUUGUACAAAGGUGGCAUCUUCUUGGGAUGCACCUAUGGACUUGCCGCCAUGUACAUUUGGGCCGUCGGUAUUUUGGCGGCCGGACAAAGCUCCACGAUGACCGGAACGUACGCCGGCCAAUUUUCGAUGGAAGGCUUCCUGAACUUACAGUGGGCGAGAUGGAAACGAGUUCUUUUAACUAGAUCCAUAGCGAUUGUGCCCACUUUUAUAAUAGCCUUUUACAGAAACUUGGAGGAUCUGACCGCCAUGAAUGAUAUUUUGAACGCUGUCAUGAGUUUGCAGUUGCCCUUUGCGGCGAUUCCUUGCAUCGCAUUCACCAGCGACAAAAAAAUCAUGGGUGAAUUUGUCAACGGAUUCUUUACGAAGACUGUUAACAUUUUAAUGAGUGUUGGAGUUAUCGGUAUUAACACUUAUUUUGUAAUAAAUUUAGUACAAGGUUAUCAUUUUGAAUGGUAUUAUUUAACACUUGUCUACAUUUUUGGUAUAUUUUAUUUGUUGUUUUGCAUUUAUUUAAUCUUACAUUUGAUUGUAUCUAUGGGGAAGUUACAAAAUAUUGGUUUUAUUGAAAAAUAUGUUAUGGGAGGAAUGGAAUACAGAUUAAACAACCAAAGAUUUGCCAAUUACGGUGCUACAUCUGUUAAUGCAUAGUUCAUUUAUUAAUGUUUUAUAUUAAGUGGUAAUAAAGUUUUUAUGUAAAAGUUC